AUGGCGAAAAAGCUCGGUCAGUGGCUCUCACAUGCAUUGAGCGGAGGCAACAGCCAAAGACGCCUGGAAAUCUGCACACAACUGCUCUCCAGAAGCCGCAGAUUCGAUUGGCUGGACACCGUUGUCAAUGGAGAUGAAGAUGAUGGUGGGGAGUUCAUGGAUCUACCUAUUCGAACUGCUGCCGGACAACACGACAGUUACUGCCGAGGUCCACUGCGCUCAACCGCAAAGAUUGGCCCACAAGAUCAGCAAGGAGCACCCGAAGCUCGACAACGUUCGCUUGCUGCACGAUAA